CUAGAGUGUGAGGAGGGGCGGAGCUGGAGGAGGGCCGAGCUGAUUCUCUCCCAGUGUCGGUUAGACACUGCCUGUCUCUCGGCUGUGUGUGUGUGAUUCAGCAUGUGGGGGAAAGGGUUGCUGCCCCCCGUGUGAGUGUUGGGAAUCCUAUGGGAAAGUGAACCCCUGGACUGGGCAGGCUCAUGCAGCCAACAAGGGCGAGGGUAGUGGUUAAUGCCCAAGCUGGAUGGAUGGGCAUGGGGAGAGGGGCAGGACCCAAAGCCCUCGGAUUCUUCAAGAUCCUCACUGUCUUCUUCUACGUAUUCCCUGCAGUGAGCUCAUCCUGCAGGAUUCUGAAGUGUAACUCUGACUUCUGGGCAGCGACCUCCAACUCCCACCAUCACACUGGAGCUGAGGACCCAGUGGAGUUUUGCACAGCACUAAGAGCCUACGCACACUGCACUCGCCGUACUGCGCGCACAUGCCGAGGCGAUCUGGCUUACCAUUCUGCUGUCCAUGGCAUUGAUGAUCUCAUGACCCAGCACAACUGCUCAAAGGAUGGUCCAACUUCACAGCCACGUCUCCGAACUCUGCCUCAGGGAGACAGUCAGGAGAGGUCAGAUAGCCCAGAGAUUUGCCAUUAUGAGAAGAGUUUCCACCGACAUUCUGCACCCCCAAAUUUUACUCACUGCGGUCUCUUUGGGGAUCCGCACCUAAGGACGUUUACAGACAUUUUCCAAACCUGUAAAAUACAAGGAGCAUGGCCUCUCGUAGACAAUAAUUACUUGAAUGUGCAGGUCACUAACACCCCAGUGCUUCCAGGAUCAACUGCAACAGCUACAAGCAAGAUCACUAUUAUCUUCAAAAAUUUUCAAGAAUGCGUAGAUCAGAAGGUAUACCAAGCUGAGAUGGAUGAGUUACCUGCAGCAUUUGUCGAUGGUUCAAAAAAUGGAGGUGAUAAAAGUGGAGCAAAUAGCUUGAAAAUCAUUGAAAAAGUGGCUGGACAGCACAUAGAGAUCCAGGCCAAGUACAUCGGUACUACAAUUGUUGUCCGGCAGGUUGGGCGUUACUUAACUUUUGCUGUCCGCAUGCCAGAGGAGGUGGUUAAUGCAGUGGAGGACAAAGAGAACCAAGGACUCUACCUUUGCCUUCAUGGCUGUCCUCAGAACCAACAGAUAGACUUUAGAACCUUCCACUCUCAUGCCCCAGAGACUGUACUCAGGAGGCAAGGGAUUAAUCCCACUAUGGGCGCGUUUACCCGUCAGAUGGCAGAAUCCAAGUGCAAAGAGAAGCUGCCAGUGGAGGAUGUCUACUUUAGGUCCUGUGUGUUUGACCUGCUAACCACAGGCGACGUGAAUUUCAGCCUAGCUGCUUAUUAUGCCUUUGAGGAUGUGAAAAUAUUACACUCCAACAAGGACAAACACCAUCUGUAUGAAAGGGCCAUGGAUUUGGGGCCUGGAAACACAGCUAUCCAAAUAGGGCUGGCACAUCCUAAGCUUAUAGUGGCUUUGGUGUGUUUGAUUCAGUUAUGUGCAGUGUUGCUGUAAUUUUAUGUUUACUGUGUAAAUUUAAUGAGGUGAAACAAACAAAAAGAGCUGCAGUCCAACUUACCGUGAAGUAUUAAGCUUACUGUGGUAAAAACUGAUCAAAGUAACAGCAAACCUAUUUGCUAAAUCCCUUUCAAAAUAUACAUAUCAACCAAUUGACAAAAAAAAAACGGUAACAAUUUUAGAUUGGCUACAGAAUUAAGAGCGCAACUUAAAAGUUAACUUUUGCUAAUUUAUUUGAAUAACAUUGUUUAUGUAUACAGCACUUUAUAGCAGGAGCGGUUCAAGGGAUAUAAGUGCAUUGUAACACAGAAAUAAUAAAUAUGUUAUCGGGUAUGAAGUUAUGUACAGUUUAAAUUACCAGCCCAUAAUUCAUGUGUAAGUGGCACUGCAUCUUUAUUGGGGUGUUAACCUCUGAAAGCAAUGGUUCACAUAGCUUUCGAACAAGAGGAGUUCAAUCAGCAAAUGGGUUGAAGAAAAGAUUUUAGAUCUUUUCAUCUGUGUAACAUGAAAUAGUCUUUGCUAAUGCACAGGUGCAAUAUAACUGACAGCGUAUGUGCACCAUACCUCAUCUUUAGAUUCAAAUCAAAUACAAAGCGGGAGGAAAGGCAGAUCCUCUCGCUCAUGUGUUGUAGUGCAGGAAUCAUGGUGAAUGUGAUCUUUUCAUUUAUGAACUUUAUGUAUAAUAAUAAUCUUUUGCUGAGUGUACACAAAGUGACACCCACACAAUGCCUGCUGCUGGGUCAGGUACUAAAUAUACUUAAUAGCUCAGAGAAGAGAUCUGUGCCAAUUUACAGUUUGUGCUAAACUGUAGCUACAUGCCACGUAUUGUUAUUGAUGGGCAAACAGGCCCAUUUGGCAGCUGAAAUAUUAACCUGUUGUGUCCCCAUUACUGUUGAAAGUAGUUUAUGGGUGGUUGAUAAUCUUGUGUUUGAGGCUUAUAAGGAAAACUGUCUUCUAAGUAAAGACAUGUAGUUUUAUACUUGUGUGAGUGCAACACUUUUCAUCAUCAAGUGCAGCCACCACGAAAUGGAAGCGUAGCAUCUUUACCAUGAUUUCUGCAUCAGAUGUGCGGAGGAUAUAAAUGAUUUCUUUUUUUAUGUUCGCAUGACAGUUGUAAAUGGUUAGUUGUGAAAAUCAGCAUUAACUCCGGUGUAUAUGGUAGAGAACAUUUAAUUAAAUUACUGGAGCAAUUGUAUAGUGUACAUAGGUCUAUAGAGAUGAGAUGUAAAGUAAAGGAUUGCAACUUGUGUUUGGAUGUAACUUAUGUUGUCUCUAAUAUAUGGAGUUCUUGUGGUUUUUAAAUAGUUUCACUGUAUAUAUAAAAAGAUGUAAUUUUGUUUGUGUAUAAAAAAAAUAGAUGUUUA